AUGUUCGAGACCCUCAAGUCUUCACUCGCCCAGACCCUCACGCGCUUCUACCCACUCGCCGGCAGGUUGUCCAAAUCCGGCGAAGAUAACGAAGCCGGUGCGAUUCCAGUCAUCAACUGCAACGACGAGGGCGUGCCGUUUUCUUCCGCCACGGUCGACGGAGACAUUAAAGAUGUGUCCGUGGCUCAGUUUCUAAGGAGACGACUCGAAAUCGAGUCGCUCCAGCAAUUCCUCCCUUUCCCUGCCCAUCUUAUCAUCUCGGGCCUCGAAUCGGCGCCGCAGAUCGCCUUCAGGGCUACCGCUUUCCCCUGCGGCGGGCUCGCCAUCGGGGUCUGCUUGUUGCACAAGAUCAUUGAUGGCCCCACUUUGGCCGAUUUCAUGAAACUCUGGUCCGCAUUCGCCAGCAGCGAGGAGAAAACGGCGGGUGGGAGCGGGUACGCUCACAAUCUCGCUGCCACGUCACUCCUGCCGCCGCGACACGACGAUGUUCCCGCGGGCACAGAGGAUUUUGUGGGCGAAGAAGGGAAGGUGUUGAUGAGGAGAUUCGCGUUCGAUGAAGAAGCGAUUCAUGCGCUGAAAGCCAAAGCGAAGAGCGAUCAGAUACCUGACCCGACCCGGACCGAGGCUGUUGGUGGAUUUUUGUGGAAAUCGGUGAUGAGUGCAGCUGCCAGGGCAGCAUCACCCGACGGGUCAAAGCCCAGAUCCGUUGUCUCAGUUGCAGUUGCGAAACUUGAUCAAGAGUUCAUGAGAAAGUUACAAGGCAAAGACGGGAGACGAGAAUUUCUAAGGAACCUAGAAGCAUUUUGGAAGCCAACAAUCAUGGUAGAUGCUGCUGUUGAAAACGCGAGUAUAGUAGCGUCGUUUACAAUAACUUCCACAACCGGACUGAGAUUGUACGAUGUUGAUUUUGGAUGGGGAAAACCUGCUUGGAUCACCAUGGCUCAAUUCCCAACUCCAAAUGUGGCCUUUUUGCUGCAGUCUCCGGUUGGAUAUGGUGUUGAAGUUUGGCUCACCUUGCCUGAAAAAGAAAUGGUCAUGCUGGAACAAGAACCUGAAUUCACUAUUUAUGCUAAGAACAAUAUGUGUGUACUUUGA